AAAAUGUAAUGGAUAUUGCCGAUUUUUAGUUUCCAUGGGCGUACUUUAGAAGUAGAAAUUAAUUUGUUUUUUUAUCGCCACUUUUGUAUGGCGGUAUUAAGUUUUUUAGAUUUAAUUAGGAGUUACACUUUUUUUUAUCCUUAUUGUGGUUUAUUGCAGUCAAGAUAAUUUAAUUUUUUUUAUUUUUAAAAGUUUUGUUUGAACUAUUAUCCAAGUAUAGAUGUGACUUCUAAUUUUUUAAAUUGAAUGGAAAUUAUCUACAUGGAAUCUGUGCCAUAUAUCUGUCGCUCAUUAUCUUGUGAUGUAGACUGAAUGAAAAUAUGGAAACAUUUUUCUUUAUAUUGCUGUUUUUUACAGCUAUUAGAGGAAAUAUAGUUCAAAGGAUUUGUGCUAAAAGUAAAGAAUCAUACAAUGUCACUGAAGACAAUAUUCAAAAUUUCGCAUAUGCAAAUGAGGGAAAAGAAGAUUGCAACACAGGUGUAGUUACCUGCUAUUCCUUAUGGAGAAUCGUUUCUGGAGCAAACAAUGCAUCAGUGAUUCAGAUAAUAACUCAGGGAUGUUGGGAGACCUCUAGACUAAGUGACUGCCUCGGUGAAGAAUGUUUGCCACAAAAGACCAAUUCGCAAACAAUGUUUUGCUGUUGUAACGCCAACUUCUGUAAUGUCAAUAUCACAAAAUUUGAUGUAGAUGUUAUUACUACUACUCCAGCAAUUAGUGGAGCUAUAGAAGGUCGUACAGACAAUGCAAAUAAUGGUAGAGAGAAAUUUGUAUUGAUUGGUGCCGGUAUCAGUCUUAUAGCAUCGUUAUUAGUUCUAAUUGCAUUCCUUAAGCGAUGGAGUCCUCUAGUUGAGAAGGAAAUUAAUCAAAAGUCAAAUGAUGGAGUUGAGAUUUGUGGUAGAGAAAUACACAAUGCCAUCUAUACAAUGCCAAAUAUCUCUCUCACGCGGAUAGUAGGUGAGGGAAGAUAUGGAACUGUUUGGUUGGGGUUGGUGAGAGGAGAACAAAUUGCUGUCAAGAUGUUUCCUCAGCACUAUUCUCAUUACUUUUAUAAUGAAAAAGACAUAUACACUCUUCCUUUCAUGAAACAUUCUUCUCUUCUUACAUAUUUUGGUUCUGAUGAAUCGAGAGACAAAGAUGGUAUCACUAGGCUGUGCUUGUUCUUGUCAUAUUGUCCAAUGGGGACGUUACAAGAAUUUCUCAAGGAAAGAACUAUGUCCCUUUCAACAUUUUGUAGUUUAGCUGUUUCAACUGCCGCUGGUCUUGCUCACUUGCAUACGGAAAUUCAUGCUCAUGGAAAAUGGAAACCUUGCAUUACACAUCGUGAUAUUAAUUCUCGCAAUAUUCUUGUUAAAGAAGACAUGACAUGCUGUAUCUGUGAUUUAGGACUUGCAGUUAAAAUUACUGGACCACACUAUUACAGUCUUGGAGAAGAAAUGCAUGCUGAAACAAAAAGUAUCAAUGAUGUAGGAACAUUAAGAUAUAUGGCUCCUGAGGUUUUAGAAGGUGCAGUAAACCUUCGUGAUUGUGAAACAUCUCUAAAACAAAUAGAUGUAUAUGCACUGGGUCUUGUUUUAUGGGAAAUGGCUAUACGUGUUACAGAUUUUUAUCAAAAACCUUCAGAUGUUCUACCAUACAUGCUCCCUUUUGAAAGAGAAGUUGGCCUGCAUCCAACACUAGAAGAAAUGCAGAUGGCUGUGUGUAGAAAUAAAGCACGUGCUAUGUUCCCAAGAGAUUGGAAGUGCACACGUGCUUCGAAAUGUAUUCGAGAAACCAUUGAAGACUGCACUGAUCAGGAUGGUGAAGCUAGGCUAACUGCAUUAUGUGUUCAAGAAAGACUAACUCAUAUUUAUAGAGCUACCGCUGAUGGAGGUUCAAGUCCAGCAGGCAAUCAAACUAAUGCUAACUUUAGUAUGACUAUUCUAAACUAUAAUAAUAAUUAUUAUAAUAAUAUUAACAACUGUUUUGGGAACAAUACAGAUUCUGAACUAACAGGUGAUCGUGAUAGGACUGAUGGGGGACUUUCAGAAGGCACAGUAGAAACCAUAAUUACUCAUUCUCCUUCAGAAUCUUCAUCUCAUCUAAUAUUUGCUACAGAAUGUCUGCAACCAUAUCAAGGACGUAAUCCUUGUUUGGAACGUAAUCUCUUAAGUGAUUCUUCUGAAGAAGUUUGUAUUAUUGAAACUUCAGCUAAAGAUUCACGAGAAACUCAAGCUCUUAUAUCUCAUGCUCCUGCACAGCGUAUUCUUCGACCACCACCCCCCGUGCCAUACCAUCAGAAUAGUCCUUUUCAGCCUCUUAAACAGACAAAUGAAGAAGUUGGGAGCAACUGUGGAACUGGGGUAGUUUCUCGUUUUUCUGUGCCCCUGAAGAAGCUAUUGGGCGGUGAAGGGAAACUUACCGUUUCUCCUUUUGAACCACCUAGACCUACUUCUCUUACACUUUUCACUGAAGAGGAAGAAGCGAGGUUAAGAGAACUUUCUGGUAGAAUUGGUACACCCGGAGAUCUACCGCCAGCAGUAAGAAAGAAGAGGGGUGAGCGAGCAGCUAGGCUUUCAUUGUAUGAUGAUAGAAUAAUGUCAAAUUCUACUUUCUAGUCACUAUUAUAUUGUUCCUUUUCUAUAUACAGAGAUUUUUUUUGUAAAUAAUGAUUUAAAUAACCCUGAAGUUUUUUUACAUUAAAUGUACUUGUUCUUGGAUAAAAUAUUUUCUUUUAAUUAAUUUUUAAAUAGAAAAAUGUAAUCAUGUUUUAUAUUUUUCUCAUUCCCAUACUUUAUUCUGAUUUAAU